UUCGGCGUAGAGCCUACCUACCCUAUUUGCCCGUACACGCCACCUGUAAUGUACGAGGUUUGCCGCGGUUUCCCAUGAGUCACCGCUCUCUCGAGCUCCAAGACAGCGGCCCUUUUUACGUCCAGCUCUAUCGCAACAGGCUCCCAGCGAAUGCGUCAACAUCCAACGACUACGGAUAUCCCUGAGCGCGGUAGGAGAGGUGGCGUGUGCUCAUCAUACAUCACUGCUGGCUACAAUGUGCGGGAGUUCUUCGCCAGCGCCGCCAUGAUGCAACAGGGCUACCGCACCACAGCCACGCUCGCCUCGGCUCUGGUAGUGCUCCAGUGCGCCGCGGCGGUUUCGGCCUGGAGCAUCGAAGAUUAUGAGACCCCGUGGGCUAAGCCGCCGCGGACACUGCGGCUGGACGGUGCCGAGCCAGCGCGCAUCCUCAAAUCGGUGCCACCGCAGCAGCAGCAACUGGGCUACGUCGGUUCGCCGGACUACUGGCCGUUCGCGGGACACACGGCGCCGUCUUUCGACCCCGCAACGCCACGUAACGUCACCACGCAGCUGGGACAGACCGUGUACCUCAGCUGCAUGGUCAACAACCUGGGCGACAAGACGGUAACGUGGAUCAGGCGCAAAGACCUGCACGUGCUGACGGUGGGCCUGGACACGUAUGUCCAGGACCCGCGUUUUCAGGCCAUCCACCUAGAACGCUCCAACGACUGGGCUCUGCAGAUACGCUACGCUCAGCUAAAUGACCAGGGACUCUACGAGUGCCAGGUGAGCUCGGAUCCGAAGAUGAGCCUGUUCGUGCGCCUGCGAGUGCUUGUGGCUCGCGCCGAGAUCGUGGGAGCCAGCUCGGGUCAGCUGUUCCUGAAGACGGGUUCCACCAUCAACUUGACGUGCGAGAUCAGCCAGAGUCCCGAGCCGCCCGUGUUCGUGUUCUGGUACCACAACGAUCGCAUGAUCAACUACGACGAGGCGGCCAAGAGCCACAUCCUGGUGCGUAAGGCCGGCCGGAACGCCGCCGUGUCACGCCUGCUGGUGCACGACGCAGUGCCCUCGGACUCCGGCAACUACACCUGCGGACCGUCGAACGCAGACGCGACGAGCGUCGCCGUAUUCGUGCUCAAUGGUGAGAAGCCUGCCGCCAUUCAACACGACUCCACGCCCCCUUCCACAGCCCGACCGUCGGUGUGCGUCUCGGAUGUGGUGGUGCUGCUAGCGGUAUUGGUGGCCUUGAGGACUGUGCGCGCCCACAGGUGAUGAAAGUGGACGUCGCCUCCUCCCGCACGUCGACACGCCACACAGAUCACCCAACGACGACACUCCUGCACCUUCGCCGCGCGGAACGAUGCUAGCCAGCCGUGAACCGUCACGACCGCGCGCCUCUCAUUGUAUAACACGACAUGACCACGGUUUAUUUCGUCGCCGACGCCCAUACGGCAAGUACGCUCGUGAUUGUGCAUCCACCGUGCUUGUAAAGCAAAAGGACUGCGCACUGCUUAAGCGCUCUCCAUGUGUGUGAUGUGCUCGUGCAUUCGGCCGUGUACCGCUGUUGGAGUGCGACCGUCAGUCUUUCUUCACCCUGUUUGCUUACGCUCUGUCCUCGAUGCUAAGGUACUUGUAACCGACGGAUGACGUGGUAGCACGAUCGCAGUGCCACCCCGUGAGGUGCGAGGGACGAAAACCCGGUGACUGCAGAGAAGACGCUGACGGAGAGAUGUGACAGGGCCUCUCGGACGAUCCCAGUCUGUCCUGCAACGUUAAGAGACAUGAACCUCCACACACGCACCCCCCCACACACACAGUCCCUUUUCCGACAUUACCUUUAUCUUCAACAAAACGCUCCCAUGGCUUCCUUUUCUGCCACUUAAGCACUUGUUACUCAGCGACACACCGCAUUUAAAGGUUGCGGGAACAACAACAACAAAAAAACACACCAGUUCAACACAAAUGUCUGAUUUUCAAAACUGGAAGGAGGUGAGCGCAGAAUGUCCCGUGGUUACGCUUUUUUGUGUGUAUGUGUGUGGGUGAAGUUUAUGCGGCCCUUGCCCUGCUCGCUGACGCAGAAAGACCUGAGUCCGUAAAGUGCGGAGUAUGCAGCACAAUGUUUGAAGACAACGGAGGCACUUACAUAAUGGUGGAUAUACAUGAAAAUAUCUCACUCGUGAUAGAAGCAAUAGAGUUAAAAAAGAAGAGACUCAGUCCAAGCAUUUUUAACCUUCUAAGACGGGAAUGCUUGUCAAAUACACAUUGGUGAGUAAAAUAUAUAUGUAUGCAAAGAAAGCCGCUGAAGUCGCUGUAUGAAGUCACUGUAUGCAUAAAAAAAGAUGCUUAGUAGGACCACUUCAUCUGUCAAAUUCAAGGUAUAAUCACUUACGAGAAAAAAUAGCAAGACUGGUAUUUUACGCAUGUCAAUGAAAGGACAUCAGAAGAGACAAUUGAGCGACAUGGUGCACUUCCAUUCUAAACGAAUAAUAGCGCGACAAAAACAGGAACGGGAAACAACGAUUUAGUUUGUCUUUUCUUUCCCGCCCUGUUUUCGUCGCGCUAUUAUUCGCUUAAAAUAAAAGGACAGGCCGAGCGAUAUUGAAUAACGCUUGUCGCGUCGAAUGACGACGCGUGCAAGAGGUAUUAACAUUUGCCUGAUUCGAAUAAAGAAUUUAUAACGAUACGUGUAGUAACAAUAAGACAGACUGGUAAUGAUAUGAGGUAAGGUGGUAGAACAUGUGCGCUAACGAUAACAGAUAAUUCUCAGAUGCGAAUUCGCAUAAUGAAACGCGGCACUCAUUCAUGUGACAUGGUUAUUGUAAGCAUUGUCUGGUCAUAGUCGCACAAAUAUGGAUCACAUGUCGCACUACUGACCAUGUUUUGAAUACUUGCUUCAAUAAGAAACGUGCCUGCCAUGGCUGAAUGUCAGAGACAUUAUCAUUGUGGCUAUGUGAUGAUGCACAAAAAUUAUGAUAAAAGCCAAAUGCCCCAUAAAAAAGAUUUCCGAUAAGUCGAACCAUCAUCGCGGGUGCUCUCACUCUACUGCCAGAACGUGCAGCUUUCUGAGCAUGCUGUCUUAUUAACAUGAAACUAUUGUCCCAAAGUUCAUAAAAUACUUAUAUGUUACACUAACUUGUUGUUUGCCACCUAUAAGAUGUUUUAUAUCUCCAAAUUUUGCAGUAAUUUUGAUGCGUACUUGUGACGCAAAUGCUUAUGUGUGACUUUUUUAUGAUAUUUUUGUGUUGUGGAAAAUAUUUCUUCUUUUAUAGAACAUUUUUUAUUGUAAGAUUGACUUAGAAUAAGGCAAUUCAGCUUUUUUGUCUGCUCAAUAACAUUACACAGGUACACAACUUAAGGUAUGAAUUGGUAAGGCAAAUUAAAGUCUCGCCUGUUGACUGCGUCACUUUUCUGGAAACUGUACUAAAUGUUCGGGCCUUACGGAACAAAUACACGGUAGAAAAACAAGCAGUUCUUUGUUAGAAAAAUGUGAGCGAACAGCGAGAAUACUGCCGGACUCCAGUACGAGGAUUUAAAACAGUGGGGAUGACUCAGUCGAAGAUGUAUGCUCGUGCUUGAAAUUAGGCAUCUUGUAUUCUCUGAGCAUGCGAGUAUUUGCUCCAUAUAGUUAAUGUUGCGUUUUCUUUCGCAUCGCUUUACUGGUCAACGUUUUUGCCACGGAACUUGGAACAAGUGUUCAUAGUGCAUACUGGCGGCGCUCAUUUGAUUUGCUAAGUGCCAGCCUUUAUUUUAUCUCUCAUGUUUGUCAACAUGGCAAAUGACAUUUGCCGGCUUCGAGGCGAAAGCUGUGUGAAAUGCCGAUGUGCUGAAAAAAAAAAGAAAAGAAGUUGACGUUCACGCUUGUUCCUGUCAACGUCUUACGUGUCACACUCGGGAUCAGGGCUAGCGAGCGAAGAAUUAUCACGGCGCAAUCGUGCGGACUUGUCGACAGAUUUUAUUAAGUAUCACCGAAGGCAAUACGUCGGCAGGGUAGCACCACCAUUCUUGAUAUGAUCAGAUUCACAGAUGCGCGACCUUUCUCGAUAUUUCUUAUUACGUAUAGGCUGCGUGCACUAGUAAAUGGGAAAAAUAACAUGGUGUUUCAAUGACGCGUGGCUUCCAGGUGGCUCCCUUGAAUGUUUCGCUUCUCUGAGGUAAAUUUCAAAUGGCUCUAUGCGCGUACUAGUCGGUGUAGAUUAAUAGUGGAAACGUGGCAGCGCGAACAAACAAGGCAAAGAAAAAGUACGACACAAGCAAGCGCUUACUUGUGCCGUACUCUUUCUGUGUCCCGUUUGUUUGCGCUACCACAUUUCUAUGUUCGAAGGUCGCAGGAUUGAAUCCUGACUGCAGCGGCUGCAUUUCGAUGGGGGCGGAACUCUAGAAGCUGACGUGCUUAGAUUUAGGCACACGUUAAGGGGUCCCUGAGAGGUGAAAGUUUCAGGAGUACUCCUGUACUUCGUCUCAUCUGCAGUCUCUCAUGGCGUCGGCGUCUCCUCGUGGUUUUCGAAUGUAAAAUCGCAUCUAAUUCCAUUAAAUGCUUGGCUUUCGCUGCAGAAGGCUAUAUACGUGGUUCUUUAUGCAGCGGGUUGUUAGUUCUCAGAAUUUUCCCCUGCAUUCUUACAUCUCGCGCAACUAUUUCUUUAGACAAAAUGUGUCGCAACAAAACUUACGUGGCGCUGUGAACAUUUAACUGAGCAAGGGAAAUAGCUUGUGAAAAUCUUGUUAAGGAAAUUUCACAAAGGUUACGAAUGCCCUGCGUCACUCCUAAUUGAUUAAAUCACUCAAUAUUUUUCUGGCAGGAGUUUAAAAAACUUUCACCAUAAAGAUACAGAAGCUUCUACAGUGAGGUAGCUGUGAUUACUAUGCAUUUCCCUGCAGAAAUUUUGACCUAAAUAUUGGCCGUUCAUUGCGAAAGCCUGCACGCUGCCUUUUUGGUCUGUGACCUAAAUGCUUGUAUUUACAUACUGAGCAAGGCGAUAAAAUACACUUACGAUAACUUCUUGUUGAGGAAGUUGGUGCUUCUUAAUAUUAUAACUGCCUUCAGCGUUGAAAGCACACACCACAGGAUAAGGCGAUGUUACAGAGGGAUCUUUCCUGUCGCCUAAUAUGAUACUAUAAAACCAAACUGCAUCUUUUUUUUCCAAGUUCUUACCUGUUUCCUAUAUCUUGAAAUAGCGUUGCUAAGAUAACAGAAGUGAAAAAGAAUCUAAAAGAGAAAGGGAUAUUAUAAUGAAGAUAUGCGGAAGUCUGCCUAGUUUUGUACGCCUGCAAAUCGUAUUUUUCGCAUAAGAUUACUUCUCAAAAAAAAAAAAACGUCAGACUACAAUAUUACGUCAGGAAGUGUACAUGAAAAAUAAAAAAAAUAAGAGAGCGUAGAGAUUAUGCGUGAUGCUCUGGAACUGAGCGGGGCUUCGUUCUGAAGAGAGUACGAUUGGGUACGAUCUGGAUGAUAGAAACUUGCACAACCUGCUUUCAUGAAAAGAUCGUCGCAAUAUGGUUUAACGUUCACGUUCUUAUGCAGAGAAACUGCGAACUCUUCAGAUAUCUAUAAAGCAAUCUACCAGACGUUAAAACAAUGCUAUGUAUCCGCAAUGGCUUCCCACCAGCCUGGAGAGUGUGCGAGCGUAACACAAGACACAGGCGGCUUUUCACUUUUUUAGUGGCCACAACGUUUUGAUUGCCCCCUUCCCCAGCUGAACUCGCAGAAUUUUAUUUGAUACUACUUGUAAGCAUGCAUUGUAUACGUAAUAUAACUUUAGAAAAGGUCAAAGGCUCUACAAAGCGGUGCUAAUGUCUGAAAAAGGAACAGGAGGGAAAAGAAAGGCAGGCAUGUUAACCGGCAAAUGCCUUAGACGACGAAAGUUCAUAUGCGCCUAAGUUGGCGGUGAAGAAAUCUGAACGUUACACUGUCAGCAUUCGACAAAGACGUGACGCGCAUUACGUGCAACUUUAAACAAAUUUUUUUGCAUACCUGGUAAUAUGCGCAUUUACGCAAAAUCUUAUGUAUGGCCUUCACUUACACACAGCAUAGUUGCAUUAUAUGUUGCAGCACUACGUGAACGUAGUCAAGCAUGCGUGUUAUCUACUUAUAAAUCCACAAAUGGCAUCUCUUCCGAUUACGAGAUUCAAAAACCAAAACAAGACACAGAAAAGAAAACGUGUAUUGUGCAGGGAAACGCUGUCUUUCGCGUAUGACGGAUAGCAUGCGCCGAGAGAAAUUCCUCUGUGUAUCGUAGCUGCUGCCCACCCUGCUCGGCUGGCAGCGUUUGUAUAUUGUGUUGUCGAAGCCACCGGAGCAUGUGCGUGAGAAGCUUGCCCUGUGAGUGAUUAUGACGGUGCACAAAAAAAAGGAAUAUAAGAGGAAAGACAGAGAACCUAAAGGAGUAACUGGUUCGAUCAUAUAAGAUAGGUAAGCAAUGUAACGAAUCAGAAAAGGAGCAGUGGCUAUAACACUAACGUGAUAGUUGUUUCAUAAUGUUUUGCGCCGUACUGUCUGCUCACUGUAUUAAGAAUUGCGCAGUGACUUGGAAAUGCAGUAUUGGUACAAUAUAACAUUAUCGAGGGUACAGUUUUUCAUUUCAUAACUCGUAACUGCUAUUUCCGUGAAUAUCUUGACAGGAGAGUUCUGACUUACAUACGAGUGAAACAAGAUAAAUUGUUGGAGCUUCCCCUUUUCUUUUUUUAUUUUCACGUUGUGACUAUCAAUUUAAAGUGACCAUACGGGGGCGUGUGAAGUAUCCAUCACUGAGACGAAAUGUGUUGUGCAGUGUCUGCUUAAGUAAGGCUUCGCUGACACAUUGCUACAGUAGUGACGAAUAACCAGCAACCUUGGUUGGAUUCAGUACAUUGCAGAAAAUGACCAUGGUGUCGCUCAUUUUUCAUUUUAUAUUUUUAUAUAUUCUGAAUAUAAAUACAUGUACGGUUCAUGUCAAAUAGCUCUCAAACUUCAUGCAAGGAACUACCAUACUAGUAAUGUAUUCUGAGAACAACAGAGUAGGGUGAGAUUUCAAAAUGCACUUCUAUGGGUUGCUUGGAAGCGACGAACACGCUUAUUUCAUCAGCACUAUAACUCAGUCAUAUGAUCUUGUGUCAUGAACACUUUGUUGACAAACAAUAUCAGGAGCCAUAUUCAUUUCUUGCUGAGUGAUAUCACUCAAUAGACAACUACUAACUAAUAAGUUCAUAUGUCAGUGAAGUUUCAUUCUUUUCCAAAUGCCACUACAUAAGUGCACUCAAUCUAGAAAAAUAAACGCGCGUGUAGAGUGCUACUUGAUAAUGAAAGUGAAACGCCGUGUUGUGCUGAAACAUAACAAAGCAAUUUGCAUGAGGUGCUAAACGGCGUUCGACAACAUGGAAGUUUAAUGAAACAGCCAUUGCUCGUUAAAGGGUAAAAACUCUUAAUUGAGGUUAAAGAGUAACCUAAAGUAACCGUUUUUGGUAGACGUAGUCAAAACUCAAUAGAUAGCACUGUACACCAGCGCCUGAGAAACAAAAGCGAGUAAUGCGUGUGUCAACCCCUUCCCCCCCUACGCUUGUAAGUAAUUCACGAGCCACCAUUCCUCCAAACCAUCCUCACCGUACGUCUGAAAGCCACUCUAUAUCAACCAUAAAACUUCUCUCGGUGUUUUGAGCUGUGUAUCGCCAUAUUUUUGGACGUGAUCGCCAUUCCUUCUGUGUCUGGGAAAUUCUGGUAUGCCCUAAAGGCCGAACGGCGGCACUCAAACCUGUUUGUCAACAGUUACGUGGUAUAAACUGGUUUCCGGACGACGGAGCCACUCUGGGAUAAAUGAGAGUGCAGACGGUGGAAUAUGAAUGCGACGCUUGCGAGCUUUUGCAAUCACCACUUUUGAUGUGCGAAUGACGAGCGUAUCCAUUGAAAUAUUUUGACCGUCUCGGGCACCACGUGUCAGAGCAUGGCCUUGAAAUGUGUGCGAUGUUGUUACAAUCAUUUCUAGUCGAUUUAUUCAUCAAUCGCGUGUACGUUUCGAGAGUAAAAAAAUAACACAUCGUUUGAGAUUAUGUCAUUUAACAAGGGUGAUAUGUGGAUCCAAUGUUACAUUAUACUUCAUGUUGAUGGUUCCUAGGUUGUUUGUAAAUAAUUGCUCAGAAUCUAUAAUAAAUAUUACAUGAACAAUG